AUGGAAAUGGGGAGUUUGGUUGCUUCGUGUUCCGCUUUGCUCUGUGUUGUUUUUCUGCAUUGUUUCCAUGGAGAAGUUAGUGGUGCUGGAAGUACAAAGUAUAACACUGGGGCUGGUAUUGUUGAUGGUAAACUGAAUGUGCAUUUGGUUCCUCACACUCAUGAUGAUGUGGGAUGGUUAAAGACAAUUGAUCAGUACUACGUUGGAUCAAACAACACCAUUCAGGGUGCAUGCGUGGAAAAUGUACUGGACUCGGUGAUUAUGUCAUUGCGCCGCGACCCAAACAGGAAGUUUAUUUACGUUGAAAUGGCUUUUUUCAACAGAUGGUGGCGGACUCAAAGUGCAGAAAUCCAGCAACAAGUAAGAGAGCUUGUAGAUUCCGGGCAGCUGGAAUUCGUAAAUGGUGGCUGGUGCAUGCACGAUGAAGCAACCACUCAUUACAUCGAUUUGAUUGACCAAACUACUUUAGGCCAUGAACUGAUAAAGAGCCAAUUUAACAAGACUCCUCGUGCUGGAUGGCAGAUUGACCCUUUUGGGCAUUCUGCCGUUCAGGCUUACCUUCUUGGAUUUGAUCUUGGCUUUGAUUCGAUUCACUUUGCGCGGAUUGAUUAUCAAGACAGAAGAAUACGGCUGCAAAAUAAAACUCUUGAAGUAGUGUGGCGUGGGUCAAGAACAUUUGGUGGAUCAAAUCAGAUAUUCACAAAUGCCUUUCCAAGGCAUUAUAGUCCUCCAGACGGCUUUGAAUUUGAAGUUGAUGGUGACUUCGUCCCUGUCCAGGAUGAUCCACUGCUCUUUGACUAUAAUGUUGCACAAAGAGUAGAGGAUUUUGUUACAGCUGCACUGAUUCAGGCAAAUGUAACUCGUACAAAUCAUAUCAUGUGGACAAUGGGUGAUGAUUUCCAGUAUCAAUAUGCUGAGUCUUGGUUCAAGCAGAUGGAUAAGUUGAUUCACUAUGUCAAUAAGGAUGGUAGGGUGAAUGCUUUGUAUUCUACCCCAUCUCUCUAUACAGAUGCCAAAUACAGUUCCAAUGUAUCGUGGCCCCUGAAAUCCGAUGAUUAUUUCCCAUAUGCAGACAAUACAGAUGCUUAUUGGACUGGUUACUUCACGAGUCGCCCAGCUUUCAAAAGAUAUGUCCGCAUGCUAAGUGGAUAUUAUUUGGCAGCCCGCCAACUGGAAUUCCUCAGUGCAAGAAAUUCAACGGGUCUGAACACUUACAGUUUAGGAGAUGCAUUGGGUAUUGCACAACACCAUGAUGCUGUAAGUGGUACUGCAAAACAGCAUACAACUGACGACUAUGCAAAACGUUUGGCAAUCGGAGAAUCUGAGGUCGUAACUGUGGUCAAUACAGCCCUGUCAUGUCUUGUCACAUCACAAUCAAGCAAUCAAUGCAGUUCACCAGGAUUGCCUUUAAGCCAGUGUCAACUCCUCAAUAUAAGUUACUGUCCCCCAACUGAGGGAGAUAUUCCUGCAGGGAAGAGUUUGGUUGUAGUAGUUUACAAUCCCCUCGGCUGGAAUCGCACAGAUAUCAUCAAGAUACCGGUGAAUGAUACUAAUCUUGUUACAAGAGAUUCUGAGGGUAACACGGUUGAGACACAAUUUGUGGAGUUGGACAACAUUACAGACAGUCUCAGAAGCUUCUACGUUGAGGCAUAUACAGGAAUUUCACCAAAAACAGCUCCCAGAUACUGGAUAUUCUUCCAAGUAUCUGUGCCAGCUCUGGGAUGGAAUACUUACUUCAUCUCUAAUGCUUCACAAAAGGGAAAUUCUGGAAGCACCUAUGUUCCUGAGGUAAACUUUGCAAUGAAUGAGACCAUUACAGUUGGACCUGGAAAUUUGAAGCUGUCUUUUUCAUCAACAUCUGGACAACUUGUGCGAAUGUUCAAUUCGAGAACACGGGUUGAUAUACCAGUGCAACAAAGCUAUUUGUGGUACGGUUCAAGCCCUGGAGACAUUGACCCUCAGAGUUCCGGUGCUUAUAUUUUCCGCCCAAAUGGUUCUCCUCCAACAUUUGCCUCAAGAUCGGUGACCAUGAAGGUUAUACGUGGACCACUUUUUGAUGAAGUUCACCAAACAUUUGGUUCAUGGAUCUAUCAGGUUGUUCGAGUUUACAAGGAAAAAGAGCAUGCUGAAUUUGAGUAUACGAUUGGUGAAAUUCCGCUUGAUGAUGGAGUUGGAAAAGAGGUCAUUACACGAUUUGUUGCUGAUAUGGCCACAAACAAGACUUUCUAUACGGAUUCAAAUGGAAGAGAUUUCUUGAAAAGGGUUAGAGAUUAUAGACCUGAUUGGCCUCUUCAAGUGACUCAACCUGUAGCAGGGAACUAUUAUCCAAUUAACCUGGGAAUCUACACAACAGAUAAUCAAUCUGAAUUCUCAGUUUUGGUAGAUCGUGCUGCUGGUGGAUCCAGCAUCAGUGAUGGACAGAUAGAACUCAUGCUCCACAGACGCAUCCUUUUUGAUGAUGGUCGUGGAGUUGGUGAAGCUCUUGAUGAGAGAGUAUGUGCGGGAGCUACUUGUCAAGGACUGACGGUUCGGGGAAAUUAUUAUGCCAGCAUAAAUCAGGUAGGUGCUGGAGCUCGUUGGCGCAGGACAGCGGGUCAAGAAAUCUAUUCACCACUAGUGGUGGCAUACACACAAGAGAAUUCAGGGGAAUGGAAAGCUUCCUACAAGAAAAAGGGCACAGCUAUGGACCCAAACUACAGUUUGCCCCCCAAUGUUGCAAUGAUUACCUUGCAGGUUUUGAAUGAUGGAAGCGUGCUUAUUCGCUUGGCGCAUCUGUACGAGGCUGGUGAAGAUGCUGAAUACUCGGUACUUGCCAAGGUUGAUAUCAGGAGCAUGUUUUCUGGCAAAAGGAUAAAGUCGAUAAAAGAGAUGAGUUUAUCAGCCAACCAGUUAAGAUCAGAGAUGAAAACAAAAGUAUGGAAAGUAGAAGGUGACGGUGAAAACACAGAUCCUCCAAUUAGAGGUGGACCCCUAAGUUCCUACAUUGUGGAGCUUGGACCUAUGGAAAUUCGGACUUUUGUACUAAGUUUUGAGUGA